AUGAAUCAAGGUCCCUCAGUAAACGCGUUUCAGGGAUCAGUGUCUCCAUCGCUGUUGCCAGCAGAGUUUGGUGGUAAACUUUCCUUAGAAGAGCCGGAUACUGAUCUUUUGAACGAUCCAAAUUUAACAGAAAAUUAUUCAGAUUUACUUAAGGUGAAGCCUCAUAGACGAAUGGAACCUGAGGAUGAAAGUAAUAGUGGUAGUGUGGUGGUCACUGGUGGAUCGCCCGCUAAGAAAAUGAAUGACAGUCAUAGAAAUAAUCAGUACAGCCAUAAUACUAAUGAUGAUAACAGUAAUGAUAAUAACAGUAACAGUAAUAGUAAUAGUAAUAGUAAUAAUUAUGAUAACAACAGUAAUGCCGGGUCGGAAGAUCCAAAUAAUAGGGAUCAGGAAUACGAUUAUUCAGACUCUGAUUUUGAAGAAAAUUUGGAGAAAAGGCUACAAGAUAUGGAAACUGAAAUACCAGGAGAAAGAAGAGCAACUAAAAAUGAAAGUUCUGGUGGCUUGGGAUCGAUGUACGAUGGAUUGCUGAUGGCAUUGUCGGAGGAUGAAGAUGAUUUACAUUUAGAAGAUGAUGAAGAAGACGAGGAAAAUAUGGAAUUAGAGGAUGAACUUUUUGAAGAAGAUGAAUUGCAACCGUUGCCACCGCCGCAAGAAUUAGAUCCUGAUAAAUUGUAUGCACUGUAUGCUUUCAGUGGACCUGAUCCGUCACAUUGUCAGUUGAAACAGGAUGAAGCUUGUACGUUGCUUAACGACCAAGAUGCUUAUUGGUGGCUUGUAAGGAGAUACACUGAUAGCAAGAUUGGUUUUGCACCUGCAGAAAUUUUGGAAACUUAUCCAGAACGUUUGGCGAGAUUAAAUUGUUGGAAAAAUGAAAAUAUGUCGCCGAGGAAGAAUAGUGAUACUGAGGAACAGGCUUCACAAGAACAAUAUACGACAACCGAUGAGCAUUCAACAGACGACGAUGAUGAUGAUGAUGAUACUACUGCACAUGAAAACAACAAGCUUUCCGAUGAUGAUAAUGAUGGCGACAGCAACCCAAGGUUAGCUCUAAAGGGAUACGGUAAAAGUAAUAAAUCAGUGAGUUUCAAUGAUGUGGUCAGUUAUGCAGAUCGAUAUAUCCAAGAUUCAGAUGAUGAAAGCGAUUACGAGAAUGAUGAGCCCACACAGUACGAUGAAUUUUCAGAAUCAAAGCUUAGGAUGGGUAGAAUUGGGGAAGACAAUGAUGGAAAUGUUGAUCUUGAUGAUGACAUGAGUGAAGCUAAUAGUGAUGCGUCUUUUAACACGGCAUCUAUGGUUCCAUUGAACAUUGAAAAAAGGCGGCAGCCUUCACCGCCACAACCAGCAUUAACACCGCCGCCACGACAUACCGAAGUUCAAACGGGGAAAACAGGAUCAAAUGAAGAUAUUGCUAAGGAAAUUAAUGAAAAUAGAAAUUCUUUCAUAGAGACCCAAGGUACAAGAGAUGAACCCCAAGAAGAAUCACAAGAUGGUUUACACAAAAUUUUUGAAGCUCCUAUAUUGCCAUUUGGACGUAAAAACUCUCAUUUAGAAACUUCUAAUUCUGAUUCUAUUUCAAUCGGUGAAUUUUCACCGUCUUCGUCCGAAUGGACUAACGAUUCCCCACAACACCAACAACUAGCAGACCACCAUAGUCCUCGUACCUUACCACCAUCUAGGGCUAUACAAGAUUUGACUAGAAUUGUCGAUACGGAAGAUGAUAGUUCCACGACAAUACACGGAGAUUCAGAUCCAAAAACAAAGAGCAUAGAAGAAAACCCAAGGCAGCAACAGCAAAAUCGCCGUCAGCAGCAAAAUCGCAAUAAGGAAACCCCAGCUUCUUCCUCUUCUUCAUCGGAAGAAAUCUUUAUGGAGGCAGAAAGAGCGGGAUCUUCUACAAGUGUUAAUAGCGCGUCUUCGGUAUCGAGACAACUCUUCCACUCUUCAAGUGUCAUCAGUACAACUACAGGAAAACACCAUCCGAUCAUCGAUCAACUCUAUGAUCCUAUUUUCCACAGGAUGGAUGAUCUCCUGAAGCAGAUUGAUGAUGCCAGCAAGUGA